AUGAGGUUAUUGUCAUGGGCACCAAUAUGGCUGGUCGUUGUAACUUUAUUAAACUUUCCACUCGCUAAUGCAGAUAAUAACGAAUUUAUACCAAAAGUAACGAAAACUUCAUCCAAAAGUUCAUUCAAUAUCGAACCAUUCGAUGAUUCUACAACCAUUUUAAAAUUAGAAGAUUCUAAUUUGUUCAGAUCUGAAAAUAAUGGUGAAUCUUGGAAUCCCAUCAAAGAAAUCAAAGAUAAAGUUUAUUGGGUACAUGUAGACGAAUUCAAUUCUCAUGAUAGAGCAUUCGCAUAUUCUGAAAGUGAUAAAACUAAUAUAAUCUACAUUACUGAAGAUCAAGGUAAAACUUGGAAAUCAUCAAAAGUACCAAUGGAUUCUAAGAAAACUUCAAUUCAUGGUUGUCAUGUUUUAACUCACCCAACUAAUAAGAAUUAUCUGAUCGCUAGAUGUACCGCCUGUGAUGCAAGCGCCUCUUCAAAAACACUUAAGGGGAAAUAUACCUCGAAUACUAGAUGUGAAACAAUCACAUUUUUGUCUCAAAAUCUUGGGAAAUCAUAUAAUAAAGUGGAACCACCUUCAAUCAAAAAAAUCGAAUCAACUAUUAGUACAGAAACUAUAUGUAGGUUUAUGAGAAAUACGAAAAACUCUCAAUUAGGUGACUCAGAUGCAACUGUAGUAUGUUCAUACGAUAUAAUAGAACAACCAAAAAAUUCACCUAUUAUCAAGACAACUAGUUCCUUUUUCACCACUAUUGAUGGAGGGAAAACCAUUAAACAAUAUGAUAUUUUUAAAGAUAAGGCUAUUAGCAGUUAUGCAAUUAAGAAAUCUAACAUUGUUGUCCUCACUCAAGAGGACAAAUACAAUAGACAUUCUGCUAAGAAAUUAUGGGUUUCAAAAGAUGGUAUAUCUUUCAAAGAAGCAUAUCUACCUACACAAUUGAGAUACACUGUAGCAGGAAUGAUUAAAGAGGAUGAUUUUGGGAAAAUUAUCUUACCAAUUAGAAGACAACAAAGUGCCACCACUGACGAUGAUACUUCGACUGUUGCUGAAAUGUUAGUAUCAGAUUCUACUGGUUUGAAAUUUACUCCUUUUGAUUGGGUACCUCAAGAUACUCAAGGUUGGGCUAAUCUUUACAUGCCAAAAGAAUUGAAAGGAACUAUGAUUGGUACCUUCGCCUCCAUGAUGAGAAGAUUUGGUAGAAAACAUAAAGGAUCUUCAAAUUCAACUGAUGAAAGAGGUGUUACUAAAAUAACUGUUGAUAAUGGGAAAACUUGGUCAAAUCUUAAAGUGGUAGAUCCAGCUAAUAAAGACUCAUAUCCUUGUAACAUCGAUGACGUGGAACAUUGUUCAUUACAAAUUUUGUCACCAUUCCAAACUGACGCUGAACCAUCCCCAGGUAUCUUAAUUAGAAUCGGUUACGUAAGUGACGGAAAUUCUUUAGAAAUCCUUGAUAACAAAACAUUCAUUUCCACAGAUGGUGGAUUAACAUGGAGAAUGAUCUUCGAUUAUCCUGUUAUAUACGCCAUAGGUGAUUCUGCUAAUAUCAUUGUAGCAGUACCAUUCGACCCUAACGAAGAUAAUGAUCCUGAAUCUGAAUUUUAUUAUUCAUUAGAUCAAGGUGAAACUUGGAAUGAAUAUCAACUAGAAGAACCUAUUAUUCCAUUGGAAAUUGUUUCAACAACCCCUGACGGAUCAGGAUUAAAUUUCAUUAUCAAUGGGUUUUUGGUUACAGCAAACCCAUUUGAUGAAAACGGUACUGGUAACUUUAUUUAUGCCAUUGAUUUUUCAGAAUUAUAUGAUAAGAAACUUUGUACAAAGGAUGAUUUUGAACAAUGGUACCUAGGUAAUGGGAAUUGUAUUAAUGGAGCUAAAUAUAGUUAUCCAAGAAGGAAACAAAACUCGAAAUGUAUAGCUAGGAAACUUUUUGAAGAUUUAGAAUUGACUGAACAAGUUUGUGAUGAAUGUACAAAUGCUGAUUAUGAAUGUUCUUUUGAAUUUAUCAAAGAUAACGAAGGUAAAUGUGUCCCCGAUUACAACUUAUUAACUAUGUCUGGAGCAUGUUCCGCAACCAAAAAGGAUACUUUGAAAAUAGCUCCUAUGCAAUUAAUAACGGGCGAUAAAUGUAAGAAACCUUUAGAUAUUUCUCCAGUUGAUGUCAGUUGUGAAGAUGUUCCAAAUAGAGGAGGUUCACCGAACAAGGGUAAAGGUGAAUUAAUUAGAGUGACUGAAAAUACUUUUGGUUCCAGAGUGACUUUCUACCAAUAUUUCGAUACAUAUUCCGAUGAAUCUUUGAUAAUUGGAGAUGCUCAUCAUAAUUACUUUAUUUCUCAUGAUAGUGGACAAACGGUAACCAAAAUCGAAUCUAUGGAUCAAAAAAUAAUUGAAGUAGUCUUUAAUACUUACUUCAAUUCUUCAGCCUACUUAUUCGGCGAUGGUGGGAAUCUUUUUGUCACAAAUGAUGGUGGCCAUACCAUUACAUCUACCAAACUGCCAGAAGGUGUCCAACUAGGUUUCCCAUUAGAUUUCCAUAGUAAAGAUCCAAACACAUUCAUAUACUAUGGUGGUAAAAACUGUGAUUCCAUCUUAAGUAAAGAAUGUCAUGCCGUGGCCUACAUUACUAGAGAUGGUGGGAAAACAUUUACUGAGUUAUUAGAUAAUACAAUCCAUUGCGAGUUUGCUGGAUCUCAAUAUGAGCAUCCAUCUGACGAAAAUUUGAUUAUUUGUCAAGUUAAAGAAAAAGGUUUCACGAAACGUUCCUUAGUUUCUAGUACUGAUUACUUCAAGAACAAUAAAGAGAUAAUCUUCGAUGAUAUUUUGGGAUAUAUGUCCAGUGGUAAAUUUAGCAUAGUCGCAGUAACACAUGGGGAAAACGAAUUAAGAGCAUACGUCACUUUAGAUGGUAAAGAAUUUGCUGAAGCAAAAUUGCCGAAAGAUUUAGAAAAAUUCGAGCAAGAAGCAUUUACAGUGUUGAAUGGGGAUCCAUCAUCAAUAUUAUUGCAUUUCUCUACAAACCAUGCGUUCGAUAAGGGUUUUGGAAGAUUAUUAAAAUCAAAUUCUAAUGGUACAUCAUUUGUUACCUUAGAACCGGGCGUCAACAGAGUUAAUUCAGGAUUAGUAGAUUUCGAGAAAAUUCAAGGAUUAGAAGGUGUGAUGGUCAUUAACGUAGUUGAUAAUAUGGAUGAUGUAAGGACGAAGAACGCCGAUAAGAAACUAAAAACUAAGAUAACCUUCAACGAUGGUUCAGAUUGGACAUUUUUGAAACCACCUGCCAGAGACUCUGAAGGUAAGAAAUAUAACUGUAAGUCUAAUUCAUUAAGUUCCUGUUCUUUGAAUUUGCAUGGCUAUACUGAUCGUACGGAUAUACGUGACACUUAUUCUUCUGGAUCAGCAAUAGGUUAUAUGUUUGCAGUAGGUAAUGUUGGAGAAUCCUUACUUCCAUAUGAUGAAUGUUCCACAUUCUUGACGAUAGAUGGUGGCGCUACGUGGAAGGAAGUGAGAAAGGGUCCAUAUCAAUGGGAGUAUGGUGAUCAUGGCGGUAUUUUGGUUUUAGUUCCAGAUAAGAAGGCAAGUGAUACAAUCUCCUUUUCGAUUGAUUCAGGGAAAACUUGGGUCGAUUAUAAAUUCACUGAUGCUAAAGUCACCAUUAGCGACAUUGUUACAGUACCACAAGAUUCUGCUAUGAGAUUUUUAUUAAUCGGUGCUUCACCUUCUGUAAAGGGAAGUUCUGCAAAAACGUUUACAAUUGACUUUACUGGAAUUUUCCCGAGACAGUGUAUUUUCGAUUUCAAUAAUCAAGAUUCCGAUGAUUUUAGUUAUUUCAAAGUCAACCCUUCCAGGGCAGAAUGUCUAUUCGGUCAUCAAAAGGAAUAUUUGAAAAAGAUUCAUAAUAAUUGCUUCAUUGGAAAUGUUCCAUUAGCUGACUAUUCAAGAAUUACCAAGAAUUGUUCUUGUAUUAGAGCUGAUUUCGAGUGUGAUUAUAACUUUUAUAAAGCAAAAGAUGGAACUUGCAAGCUGGUAGAAGGAUUAGAUCCAAUUGACCCAUCUGAUGUUUGUAAAAUUAACCAAGACUUGAUUGAGUUUUCCGAACCAACUGGUUACAGGAAAAUUCCCUUGUCUACCUGUCAAGGCGGGUUACGUCUCGAUGCUUCAUCUGACCUAUACCCAUGUCCUGGUAAAGAAAAGCAAUUCAAUCAGAAGUACGGUGUAGGUGCCCUUCAUUUCAUUCUAAUAUUUGGAAUUCCAUUCCUUACAUUUGUUGGGAUUGCAUGGUUCAUUUAUAUAAAUGGUAUUAGAAGAAACGGUGGAUUUUCAAGAUUUGGAGAAAUUAGAUUGGGUGAUGACGAAUUGAUCGAAAACAACAACACAGAUAAAGUGGUUAAUUAUAUCCUGAAAGGUGGAAUGUUCGUUUUUUCAGGGCUCUUCUCUCGUUUCCAAAAAGUGAAACAUUCCUUUAACGAGAUUCUAACUAGAUUCAGAGAAAGAUCAGGAAGAGGUGGACCAUCUUAUUCAUCUCUGCUGCAUGACCAAUUCUUGGAUGAAGCCGAUGAUUUAUUAGCUGGUCAUGAUGAAGAUGCAAAUGACUUAUCGAGUUUUGCCGAUCAUGAUAGCAAUUUUGAUAUAGACGAUGAAGGUAGUUUCACUCCGGGACUUGAACCUGAACAUGCUCCAUACGCAGAUGAGCCUGCUUCAACCACAAACACAGGUGAUGCACAAUCACCAGGACCAGUUGUUCCUAGUAGUAAUGAUGAGGAAUCACUGUAA